GCUGAAAAUUCAAAGAACAAACACUGGAAUCUCAUUUUGGUCCCGUCACAGAUAUCAUACAAACGAUGCUAUAAAGAAAGAUGCAUGUUUGUCCUCCUUGUGCGACAGUCUUCCUUGUCUUUCUCAUUGAUUCAAACGUAUUUAUUAUACAACUACACAAUCGCCAAUCGCCAUAUGACUGUAUUUAUUUUCUUGUCUCAUUGCCUAUUAGACUUGCGAUUUUAUUUUCUUCACACCUUCAUACAAAAGAAGUGGUCGAAUAAAUAAUAAAAAGUAUUAAUAGUUGCGCAUGGCUUUCAGGUUCAAUGUCAAUCUCGCCGAUGUGCAUCGGAUCCCAAAGGUCGUGUGCUAUUAAUUAUUAAACAUUUUAAGCGAAUAAACAAUGGUUCAGCACAGGACAAUAAAAUAGACAGAAGUCACGCCGAAUUAACGUAACAUAGAUUAGCUUGUUAUGCAUAUCAGAAUGAGUGUGCGAAUCAGGAGAACAAUUUGCGGUAUCGUAAUAAUAUUGAGUGCACUGUAUUUGUAUACGAAUCGAGUGUUGUACGCGAACAUCAGGGAUAAAGACGUUUCUCUUAAAUUGCUCCUGGCUGCCGCUAUAAGAGCUGCCGAAAUCGGUGGCUCCGCGGUGGUGGCUGUUCAUGAUCAAGUUAAAUUCGAGAUACAGAGCAAAGGAAAAACUAAAGAAGGCAUAAAUGAUCCCGUGACUGAAGCAGAUUACAAGUCUCAUUGCGCUAUGUAUCAUUCCUUGCUUGAAGUAUUUCCAAGCAUAACAGUAAUAUCGGAAGAGACAUCAAAAAACUGUGAUAAAGUUACUAUACCCACAAUAAAAGAUAGUACUAAUAAUUUGAACAAUUAUGAUAUCAAGGAUGAGAUUAUAAAUGCAGAUGAUAUCACGGUUUGGAUAGAUCCCCUCGAUGCAACAAAAGAAUUUACAGAAAACUUAUUACAGUAUGUUACUACGAUGGUUUGUGUUGCUGUUAAGGGCAAACCCAUCAUGGGUGUCAUAUACAAACCAUUUGAGACCAAGCAGAACUCUAGUCUGUUUUGGACAUGGACCAAUCACGCAGUAUCAAGAAAUUUACAAGUACUGCACAAGCUGGAAGACGAAAGAGCGCCGAUAUUGAUUGUAUCGAGAUCGCACGCUGGUCAGAUUCAUAAUGCUUCUAAAAUUGCAUUUGGCACAGAUGUGAAAAUUAUCUCUGCAGCUGGUGCGGGAUACAAAUUUUUAGAAGUCGUGAGUGGAAAUGCAACUGCAUAUGUGCACAUGACUGCGAUAAAGAAGUGGGACAUCUGUGCAGGUAUUGCGAUCCUCACUGCGCUCGGUGGCAUGGUCACACAAUUAUUUGAUCAACAAUUAAUAACCUUUGGUCCGAACGAUUCCACAGAACUUACAUGGGGUCUCCUGGCUACCAUGAGUAGCCAUACUUGGUAUUUGGAUAAAUUUUCAAAUAUGUAAUUCAAGUACCAAAUUUUAAUCCUAUAUCAUUCUUCCUAUUCCAAGUACCAAAAACCCACUCUAAAGGUCGUAAAUGUUCUAUAUAAUAAUAGGAUAAAGAUGUAUUUUAAACCAUUUAUUUAUAUAAAAAUUCUUUGCCUCCAAGUAAA